CAGAACAAGAUGAUAAAAAAAUUCAAAGAAAGCGUGGUAAUGGUGUAGAUUUGCAUUUUUAGUAUAAUAAAAUGAGAGAUUGCACCAAUCCCUUGAAUUUGCUCAUUCCAUGGUUGAAUGCAAUUUUUAAAAAAUAUAUGGGAAAUUUCUUCAAUGAAGAGAUUAAGAAGGAGUAAUUCACUCAAAUGGGAUUGAAGAACUUGACACUAAAUGUGAGUUCUCUGAAUUAACAUAUGGCUCCCAAUGUACCUUUUGUUUUGGAAUCCGGAUCGAUAUCACUAUUGAAAUUGGAUUUGCAGAAACUAACUUGUUUAAUCUAGGAAGUGGAAAUCACUUUGAACUUCAAGACUAUCGAAUAAUAUCGAUUGUUUGUACAGACUUACACGAAGGAAAAGAUGACUGCAGAUAAGCUGCAGGAGAUGAAAGAUGACUUAAUUAAAACCUAUAAAGUGAAGAGUGAGACCUCCAAUAAAGGGAAUUAGAAUGCCUGGAACAUCAUUAGAUAGUUUUUAUAGAAAAUAACAUUUACGGUGAAUAAAUUGGUUUUGCAUAUUGUUGAGCCAAUCCACUCGGAUAAACUGUCAUUGGCUAUCAAUCAAAUUAGUAUGAGAGUGAGGAAACUGCAGGAAGAAAAGGAUUAAAUGGUCAGUACUGUGAUUAUUGGAGGGUGUUCUGUGCAUAUUAAUGAAUCGAACUAAUUGUUUGAUCCCAAUAAUUUUCAGAAGGAAUCCUGCAUAUUUAGUUUACAAUAGCAAUACACGAACAAGUACGAUUAACAUGUGGUAAUCCAUUUGAAGACUGAAUUAAAGGAGAGGUUGAAAUUCAAUAGUACACUAUCGAUAAGAUUGAUGCAAAUGAACUUCAAUUACAAGUAGUUCUAGGUCGCAACAAGAGUGAUUAUGAGCAUUUUGGAGCAUAAUAAAUUGAUCUAGUCUCAAGAUAAAAUAAUCAUUGAAUCCGUUAAGUAGGCGACUCCGGAAUUUUAAUUUACUUGGUGUGAAUCCAAAGUGGAUUAUUCGUAUUGCGAUGAGAAAGGAUAAGAGAAAGUGGGUGAUGUAGAUGAAAAGUCAUUGAGUGACCAAGUAACCGUUGAAUUUAAUGAUGAAUUGGAGCAAGCCUUAGAUAAGAGUCAGUUCAAUGAGGAAGAAGACAAUGAGCAAUUGGAGGAGUCUCAGAUUGAGGGAUUAAAUUAAUCAAUUCUAUAUUAAUCCAACCUCGGUGAUUUAAAUCAGAGCACAUUGAAACAAUCCAUGUUCUCAGUGUCUGUUUUCAAAGAAUUAAUUAAUGAUGAAGAUGACAAGCAAGGAUUGGAGGAAUUGGAUGAGGAUCAAUUAAUCUUUAAGUUGAAGAUUCAGAAAAUAAGAGUCAGAUUAUCAAGACACAACAUAAUAGAUAAAUGGAAUGUGGAUAACUUGAAGAAGACUAACUAUUACGAAUUAGAAGUAGAUUAACUCAAUUGGUUGAUGAACAAAGAAGUUACUCAAUAGCAGGUCACAACAAUCAAAUAAACCAGAAUUGAGAUUCCCAUCAUUCAACUCUUUCAUUAUGAAUAUUGCAAUAUCUUCUCUGGGAACAUAGUUGAUGAUCAGAGUUUUUAGGAUGAAAGUGGUCAAGACAUCUUUUAAAGUGUAAUUGAUGGGAGUUUCAACAACACUUAAACUAUGGAUAGUCAAAUAUUCCAUUCUUGUUAUAAUUUGAGUUAGAAUGACGUCGAGGAAUAGAUUACGAAGAAGAAGCACGAAUUCAUCAAGGAAGAAGGGAAUUACUAUUAUAAGAGGAAAUGCAUGCUCCAAUUAUAUGAUGGCUUUAAGGAAUCAUCAUCCUCUGUAGACAGCAAGGAGUAACAACAAUUAAUCACAAAAGUAGGCAAUUAGUUCAUAUAUCAAAAUGAUAAAAUUAUAUCUUUAGGGAAUGGUUUGCAAAUUUAAAUGCAUCAUCUCAAUCAUUCUCACUCGAUCUCAAUCAAGCAGAUAGAUAUUAAUGUAAAUAUCGAUGAGAUCCUUGAAUUCAAAGAGAUCUUUAAAAUCAACCACGAAAAGAAGCAAAUCAAGAGUAUUCCCAAUCUGAAUCUAAUUACAAUCCAUCGUAUUUAAUUUGAUGUUCAAAUAUAACAAUCGGACUAUGCAGAGUUCUAUUACCUAUAAUAAAUCAUCAAGAAUGAUCCAAAUAGCAGCAGUGUCAUCCAUUAAUAAUAGAAAAUGUCAUAUUUCACAUUCGACAUCAGUGAUCUCUAAAUACAAUAGUCCUCUUCUGGUUUCAUUACCUUUGAUUCAAUUAAAUGCUUAAUGAAGGAGUAUGAUAGAAUAAAGUACGUAUUUCAUGAUGAAACAAUCGCUGAAAUAGGAGCAUAAGAACAUGGCUAAAUUUUGAUAAGGCCUAUCAUCAAACUGAUGGAUACGAAAGAAGUGCGUGUGGCUAUACCAAAGCUUUAAAUGUUUAUUAAUCUGUCCUACAUGGAAUAUGUAAAGACUCUAUUUACUGUAAUUAAAGAUUUUCAAAGGAGAUUGCGAUAAUCGAACACAAAUUAAUAGGGGAACAAUUAAAUUGUUCGAUUACUCUUUGAUGAAAUUAUUGUUAAAAUUAAUUUAGAUUAAUCAACUAAUCCUCAAUAAGCAAGGUUUAUUUUACAUGCAUCCAAAUUUGCAUCAGAAAUUAAAGGCCAAGAUGAAAUUAUGCUUACAUUGUAUAACUGUUUGAUCAUUGAUACAAAUUGGAAUUGCAAAGGACCUAAACAAGACAUCCCCAUUUAUGGCAGUUCUAAUGAUACUAAAACAGAUCAGCCACUCUAAGUACUCCAUUUCAGAAAUGAAAAGUACUAAGCAAAUCAAGUCCUAUUCUAUAAAUAAGAACGUUUCAACAGAGAAGGCUUCAAAACUCUUGUGCAAAACGAAACAAUCAAAUCAGAAUCUGAUAUGGCUUUCCAAUAUACAGCUAUUAAGUUGAAGAUUAGUCAAUACCUAAAUCCAGAUUGCUUGGAUAUUUUGAAAGGAAGCACCAAUUUACUUAUUGUUAACAUUAUUAAGAACAAGAAAAUUGAUAUUCAAUAUCAACAUGGAAUCAUAUAAGUGGAUGAAUAAUGGAUUGAAACCAUUACAAACCUCAAAGAAUUGGCUCAGAAGUGGGAAUAAACACUGGUUCCUCAAAAGAACAAACUGCCCUAAAAAAAUUCUAUUCCCAAUUUUACAUUCACCGUCUCAAAUAUCUGGCUCAACUAUUUACCAACGUAUAGGAGAUCAACCCUAUUAAGACAAUAUUUAAUGAAAAAAGCACCUAUUAAAUCUAUAAUUGCGAUCCAACCUGAACAGUUGUAUUAUUCUUGGAUCAGGAUACUAAUCAGAAUUAAGAGUGCAACUGUCUCAAGUGAUUUAUAAGCUCAUUUGAGUUCUGCAUAAAUCUAUGUUAAAAGUACAUCCAAAGAUAUUAAACAUGCCAAUCUAAGUUUCUUAAAUCCCAUCCUAUUGGUUCCUCCUAAGAUUGGACUUUUUGAUGAAAAUCGGAAAUUCUCAGAUGGAUUCCAAAUCGACAAGGAUGAACAAGGACUCUUGAGACUACUAUGUUUUUAAAAGUUAUUUAAAAUCAAAGGAGUAACAUUUUCAGGAAACUUAAUUAAUAUUGGGUAAAUAGGUGGGAAUCUGAAAAAAGAUUCCAUCAUCAGUCUAUGGGAUAUCGCAUCAAUGACAAUGGAGAAGAUAAAAAAGAUCAUUCCUGAAUAACAAAAUGAGAAUUAGAUCUAUGUCUUAUAAGAUGGUCAUCUGUACACUCCGAAUGAGAAUAUGAAUAUUUUUGAUGAUGAUGAUACUGAACUACCUGCAACAGAAAACACUCCUGAUAAAAAAUAGUUAGAAAUUGUUCUCAAGAACCUUGAAAUCAAAUUACAAGUGGGCUAGCAUUUUCCACCUGAAGUCUUUAGUGAUACCAACCCUAUUAAUGUUGAAUGCUCAUAAGAAAAUUAAGAAUAGUAUUAUCUUGAACACUCAAAUUUAUUGCAUCUAGAAGAGUUUCCUCAAACAAAUGACUAAUCAUGCGAUUUUAUUCUUUUUAGCAUGAAAGAAUUAAAAUUAGUAUGUUGUGGACCAUCCUAAAGAGAAAUCAAUCAAUUUUACUUAACAUUAUUGAAUUUUCAAUUGAAUGAUAAAAUCCACAAUUCCAAGUUUACCAAAUUGAUUGGCAAGGAACCUUUGCUUGAAGAGAUGAACUUUGCAGAAGUCUUUUACUCAAUUGAUAAACCCAAUAAUUCGAUCGAUUUAGACGCCAAAUUUGCUCCAUUUAGAGUCUGCGUCUCUGGAGAAGCAUUGGAAUUCAUGCUGGAUACAGUUAAUAGUCCAUAACAAUUGAAUCCGAAGGUGGAUAUGUUGAGUAAAUUGAACGUAGGAAACGAUAAAGAGUCCAUAAUUGAGUUUUGUGUGCAGGAAGGCUAUUAAGUUACAUUUUCAAGAAAUAGUGAAUUAAGUAAUAUAAUAUAUUAAAUUAGAAAAAUCAAUGAAGGUGAACUUCUUGAAUAUUGAACGAAUCUAUUGUUACAUUACAUUCGAUGGAAGUGGUGUCAAACUGGAUGGAAAAUUGAAAGGAUUGGUCAGACUGGCUUCGUAUGAUAACCUCUUAAUAUUUUUAAAGAGAGCUCAAAUCAAUAAUCUAAUAUUUGAGAAGGAUGGAGAUUUCAUCAAGUUUUUGUUUGACUAAUACUAACAUUUGUUAAGAAAUGAUUCCUAAUUGAUUUCAAAUUUGAUCGUUUCUUUCAAAGCCUUUCAAAAUCUCACAAACAUAGUAUCGGGGUAUCAAUAUUAUCAUUUUUUAGAAUAUAAACUAUGUUCACAACCAUAAUUAGAUAAGGAUUAAUAACUGGAGUGUGUUCAGGAUCUAUUCCAUUGGCAAAAGCACUGGGAGAUGAAAUUGUCUAUUUGGCCAAAAAGCCUUUUGAAGUUUGUAGCACAAUGACAGAAGGAAUUGGAUUCAAAAUAGCAAAUGUUGUCUUCUCUCCGAUUGAAAGAGUUUUAGACUAAGUCUCUACAUUGGUAUCCCAUUUAAUAAUUAUUAGACUACAAGCGAUAGAAUUCCUAAAGAAUUUCUUAAGAAAUAUAAUGUAGACUAAACUAAGACAUGAUCCAAUUAUUUUUUUAAUUAAUACUUUUUAUAAAAUAACAUCGU